UGAGCAGCACCACCAUUAUCUCGAAGCACCUCACACCUAUAUCUCCUAGCAACAGCGGCAAUGGCGGUGGCUGUAUCUCCUCCCUUCGCCAUUCAGAUAUCCUCCCUUUCUUCUCGAAAGCAAAGCGUCGCCUGCGCAACUUCCUCCUUCGAUCUUCUCCUUAAGAAGCGGUUUUCGAUAUCUUCUUUAACUUUGCCUCCCUCUUCGAGCAAAUGGAGCGCUGUAACCUCGCUGCUGCGCGGUGGAUCGAUAGUGAUCGCCUGCUCGUCUUCUUCUUUUCCCAACAACGCUUCACGACCGUCUACUCGCCUCUUUGUUAGUGGUCUUUCUUUUCGCACUACUGAAGAAAGUCUAAAGAAUGCUUUCAAAAAUUUUGGGGAACUCAUGGAAGUGAACCUUGUCAUGGACCGGAUUGCAAAUAGACCAAGAGGUUUUGCUUUUCUUCGUUAUUCCACAGAGGAUGAAUCCAAAAAGGCUAUUGAAGGAAUGCACGGAAAGAGUUAUUUUCGUGGAAGUGGCUAA